UGUCCAAUGAGCUCAACUAGAUGCCUGCGAGGCAAGCAGAGCCAGUGCAUUGUACAGCACAUAUGCUUCGUUUGUAAGUGGCAGAGCCCAGCGCAGAGCAGACAGCCGUGCGGACCAGUACUCAGACCCAGGGACAGCCCAGCCUCCUCAGAGCUGGAGCCCCACUCUCCAACUCGCGUCUCGCCAUCGCUGCGUGCCCCCCUCAACGACAUGUACCCCGAAGAGAGCCGGGGGUCUGGAGGGGUAGCCACUGUGGACUUCUUGGAAGGGACUUAUGACUAUGCCGCCCCCACCCCUGCCCCGACUCCUCUUUACAGCCACUCCACCACUGGCUGCUACUCCGCUCCUCUGGACGCUCACGGACCACCGUCCGAUGGCAGUCUUCAGUCCCUGGGCAGUGGGCCGACCAGUCCACUUGUGUUCGUGCCCUCCAGCCCACGGCUGAGCCCCUUUAUGCACCCGCCCAGCCACCACUAUCUGGAAACCACUUCAACACCCGUCUACAGGUCCAGCCAUCAGCCGGUCCCCAGAGAGGACCAGUGUGGUACCCGUGACGAGGCAUACAGCGUGGGCGAGUUGGGAGCUGGAGCUGGGGGGUUUGAAAUGACCAAAGAGACGCGUUUCUGCGCUGUGUGCAGUGACUACGCGUCUGGAUACCACUAUGGGGUGUGGUCUUGUGAGGGCUGCAAGGCCUUCUUCAAGAGGAGCAUCCAGGGUCACAAUGACUAUAUGUGCCCAGCGACAAAUCAGUGCACCAUUGACAAGAAUCGGAGGAAGAGCUGCCAGGCUUGCCGUCUUAGGAAGUGCUACGAAGUGGGCAUGAUGAAAGGAGGUAUGCGUAAGGACCGCGGACGUGUUUUGCGGCGUGAAAAACGACGGGCCUGCGACAGAGACAAACCAGCCAAAGACCUGCCACACACAAAGGCGCCCCCUCAUGAUGGAAGGAAGCGUGCAACGAGCAGCAGCAGUACAAGUGGUGGAGGAGGAAGAUCCUCUUUAAAUAGCACACCUCCUGAUCAGGUGCUCCUCCUGCUCCAGGGUGCUGAGCCUCCAACCCUGUGCUCUCGUCAGAAGAUGAGCCGACCCUACACGGAGGUCACCAUGAUGACCCUACUCACCAGCAUGGCUGACAAGGAGCUGGUUCACAUGAUCGCCUGGGCCAAGAAGCUUCCAGGUUUUCUGCAGCUGUCUCUUCACGAUCAGGUGCUGCUGCUGGAGAGCUCGUGGCUGGAGGUGCUGAUGAUUGGGCUCAUUUGGAGGUCCAUCCACUGUCCCGGCAAACUCAUCUUCGCACAGGACCUCAUCCUGGACAGGACUGAAGGCACAUGCGUCGAGGGCAUGGCCGAGAUCUUCGACAUGCUGCUGGCCACAGCGUCCCGCUUCCGGAUGCUCAAGCUCAAACCUGAGGAGUUUGUCUGUCUCAAAGCUAUCAUUUUGCUAAACUCUGGUGCCUUUUCUUUCUGCACUGGCACAAUGGAGCCCCUUCACGACAGCGCGGCAGUGCAACACAUGCUGGACACCAUUACCGAUGCGCUCAUAUUUCAUAUCAGCCAAUUGGGAUGCUCGGCUCAGCAGCAGUCAAGAAGACAGGCCCAGCUGCUCCUGCUGCUCUCCCACAUCAGGCACAUGAGCAACAAAGGCAUGGAGCACCUCUACAGCAUGAAGUGUAAGAACAAAGUGCCUCUGUACGACCUGCUGCUGGAGAUGCUGGAUGCUCACCGCAUCCAUCGCCCAGUCAAACCAUCUCAGUCCUGGUCCCAGGGUGACAGAGACUCUCCCACCACCAGCAGCACCAGCAGCAGCGGCGGGGGUGGCGGCGAUGAUGAAGGCACCUCCUCGGCCGGUUCCAGUUCAGGACCUCAAGGCAGCCACGAGAGCCCGAGGCGUGAGAACCUGAGCAGAGUGCCCACAGGUCCAGGUGUCCUGCAGUACAGGGGGUCCCAUUCCGACUGCACCCGCAUCCUAUGUACCGAGCAGCACGCGAAGGUUUAAAGUCAUUUUUAUGGAUGGUUUGUGUAGAGAAUUUUUAAAAAAGGGGUUGGUGAAUUAAAGAUGGUGGUUAUAUUCGAGUUUGCAUGAGAGAAUAUUUAUAAAUGAGGUGAUUUUUAUAGCUGUUUAGUGAGAACCUUCUCAUUGGAACUGCACAGCAGUCUGAAUUUCAGUGCUGUCAGCCUUGUACGCUGCCUUUAAUGAUAUCUGUGAUUUUCAAUCAGCUUUCCAGUACCGCUUAUCAUUUCCAAAACAGCAGAUGUUUAAUGUGGUGCUCUGUUAGCUACGGUGAUUUCAAACAAUGAGCAGCUAAUCUUUCUGUUUAUUCGCCUCGACCAAAGUGCACUUCCUCUGUGAUUUAAGAGGCUGAUGGGCAUUAUUUUUACAUUUUUUCAUAUAAAGGAAAUAAAAGAGAAAGAAUUACACAGGAAAUGAUGGUAAAACUAGUUCAAAUGAACGUGGAAUUCGUUGUGCUUAUAUGCCGGCAUCGUUAAAAAAUAGAUAUCAGGUAAUGUGGGUGAGCGCACCCAAUUUUUUCUCAGAUAUAUCUGAGAAAAAAUAUUUUAGUGAUGGCAAUUUUGAAGUGAGGAGUGGGAGAGGAUGUAUCUGUUGAAUUUUAAGUUGGCAGAAAUUGUGCGAUCGAGUCCUAAAUAUCAGUUGGCUGUUUGUUGGGUAACGUCUGUGUACAGGAGGAUUGUUCUCUGUGCUAACCUACGUCAAAUCCUUUUUCCUUACUCUGUUAUGUGGCCGUCCGUGUUCACUGUGCACGUGUGUGGUUAGCAGAGAGACCACACGCUGAAACAGGUAAUAACGGUGUUAAAAAAGAAGUCUCCAAAAUGAAUAUAUGUCAACCUAAUUUCUGUUUAAAUUGGCUGAAUUGGAUGCAGCUGAAGAAAGAAAACACCUAAAAGGAAGUUUAUCAGAUUUUUUUUCUCUUUUAGUUGGCUUACAAAUUCCUGAGGUCAUGUAUUCAAACUGUUUUUGGGUCUGACUAACAGCCUGAAAUGGUUCCAACACACAGUGAGGACAAAUUUAACAGCCAGCUUGCCAACUUUAGAUUAGCUGCAACAGUGCAGUCAGCCUGGGGGUUGUUUAGCCUCUGAAUAAUUUGCUACAACAUGCCACUCAACUUUUUAGGCUUAAAAUCUUGCAGCAGAUUAAAUGCACAUUUUGGACUGCAUAGAAUAUACCAAUAUACGUUAUAUAUUGGUUGCACUGUGCAAAAGUCUUGAUUCGACCCUCGUUUGUUUUUAUUUUGCUGGGAAAAUGAGAAAUAGAUGCAGGGAUUUGUUGAAACCUGUGAAAACAAGCAUAAAAAUACAGUAUAUAAGGUAAAAACAGAGUUUGUACAGAUGUAAUGAGCUUGAAAGUCAAGAUUUGGUCUAACCACGUUUAUUUUUUAAAGCAGCCUUAACUGGCUUAGGCAAACUUUCUUGUGAUUUCUUUAAGUAGUCUUCAGGAAUAGUUCUCUAGGCUCCUUGAAGGACACUCAAAGCUCUUUUUUGAAUGUUGGCUGCUUUUUGUUCUCUUGUCUAUGAAGACAACCCCACACUGCUUUGAUAAUGUUAAGGUCCGAGCUCAGGGGAGAGACGCUUUCCAGAUAGUAUCAAUCCCUUAUGCUACUUUUGUGCAUUCACAAUUCCUUCAAUUUUGAGAAGAUCUCCGACCCCACUGGCUGAAAUUCAGCCCCAAAACCCUGACAGAACGUCCACGCACACUCUCUGUUGUUCCUCUCUCCUGACCUUCUCUGCACAUAUUUAAAAUGAAUUGAACCAAAAGUUUAACGUUUGGGUUUAUCAGCUCCUUUAUCAGAAGGACUUCACUUUCCGUUACUGUUCAUCUGCUAUUCAGAACUAUUACUUCUUCUUUUGUCCUCCAGUUUUUAAGUUUCCUGAAUUUUGCAAACCCUGUUGGGAUACGCUGGGAUACGUUUUUGGGAAAUAGCUCUUUCGGAAUCACCUUGUUGGUGCCAAAAUACUAUUGUGUGCCUGUCAAACUGUGGUAUUCUUGGUAUUUUUGAUAUAUUUGGCAAAAGAAAUGGGAACAAAUGAUGAUUAAAUUUUUGCAACAGGAUGCUAGCAACAAAUCUCAGGGGAGUUUAAAAGUGCUGCUUUGCUAAAUUGUCUGUACUGUUUAGACACAGCACUGGUCCAUCCCUUGAGUUAGGUGCCUUUUUUAUGCUUAAUUGAUUUAUAGGUUAGUGUUAAAGAAAAAAAUAUGGUGUGAAAGAACCAAUGUCCAAAGAAAAACCGAAAGACCUUCAGAAAGGUCAGAAAACUGAAAUUACAAGGAAGUUUGGCUCCUUGGAAGCAAAAUAUAAAGAAAUGAUUUCUGUACAGUACACUGUAGAUUAGUGUAAAAAUAUCUUGCACAGGCCCUGGAACCCAGGUCAACACAUUUUUUUUAAACACAAUGAGAUCAUUUUUCAAAUGAGGUUUUGGUGACUUCUUGUUUGCACCAUCAUUGGCUGUUUCAGUGUAUGAGGCCCCGGCUCUGCCUGCUUCCUUCCUUCCUCUCUUUCUCUCUAUGUUAAUAAAGCCGAUGCACACAGCACUCUGCUCACUAGGUGUACCUUUCUCUUGACUUUGUUUGCAGUCACACUGCAUCUGAUUAACUGCACACAGUCACACUUGGGAAGCAGGGAUGAGUCCGUAUUUGACACUUUUGCUCAACUGAUGGUUUGCUAGUGGCGUUUUUAACUAAUUGUUUUAUUAAUCCAGUUGCAUUUGGGGGACAUGAAAUGUUUUUACCCAGCCUUUAGUUUGUUGAUGCAAAAAAUAAGUACUUUAACACAGGAGCCAAUGCUGACUCCAGAAAAAAAAAUAAUAAAAAAAUAAAGCAACUGAAUCUGGGAUCAAAACACAGCUUCUGUAGCGAUAGAUACGAGUCUGGCUGCUAUUCUGCGUGCUUUCAAUGCAAAACACUGCCAGCUCAAACAUGAAAUUACCUGCAACCUGUGAUGAGUGAAAACUGCAGGCAAUUAAAAUUUAUGUUGCCAGGGGAGAAGCAUUAAAAAAAGAGACAGGUGCAGAUUUGUGUCAUUUGAGAGAUGUGUGGAAAGCCUCCACACAGGAUCAGAACAUCAGAUUUGGAAGUGUAAAUCCAGCCAAACCUGCCUUGACUGUCGUUUGUUUACUGUGCAUACAA